AUGGUUUUUUUCUAUGAAUUUGGUACAAAUCUUUUCGGUCUAAGACGUAGAGUGACCAGCGGUCGACGACUUGAUGACAAAGUAGUGGUGAUCACCGGCGCUAACACUGGUAUUGGCAAAGAAACGGCAUAUCUACUGUCAUUACGAGGGGCUAAGAUAUACAUUGGAUGUCGUGAUAUAAAAAAGGGAGAGACAGCUAUUCAGGAGAUCAAAGCCCGUAAUCCGGACUCUAAUCUCACACUAUUUAAAUUAGAUUUAUCGUCAUUAAAAUCGGUCCGAUAUUUCGCUAAUCAAAUUAAAAACACCGAAAAAACUGUUGAUUUACUUAUAAAUAAUGCCGGAGUAAUGGCCUGUCCUCCCAGUGUUAGCGCUGAUGGCUAUGAAUUACAAUUGGCUACAAAUCACCUAGGGCAUUUUCUAUUAACACUGCAUUUACUACCUUUAAUGAAACGGUCUAAAAGUGCACGCAUUGUGAAUGUCUCAUCAUGCGCACACCUCGUCGGCCAAAUUGACCUGGAUAAUAUUAAUUUAAAGCAUAACGCAUAUGACCCGUUUAAAGCGUACGCUCAGAGCAAACUGUGCAAUGUGCUAUUUACCAGAGAACUUGCUAAACGAUUACCCGGGUCAAAUAUUAAUGCCUACGCCCUUCAUCCGGGUAUUAUUGAUACAGAGAUCGCCCGACACGGAAAGCCUGCGAACGGUUUUAUGAAACGUUAUUUGGUUUUAAACGCAUUCAUGGGAUCCCAGACCACACUCUACUGUGCCGUCGAUGAGAGCUUGGAUAACGAGUCCGGAUAUUAUUACGAGUUAAUUAUUUGUCAUUUAAAUAUUUAA